CUCUGCUGUUUUACUCGUCGUGUUUCUAAUUAAUCUGUUUAAAUCAAUCAUCUGUAAUGUGAUGGUCGUGUUAUGGUAUUGGUUAUUCACAGAACCCUAGAGUCGUUUCUUCGCCAGAAUUGAGGAGUUCUUAUGUUCUGCUGGACCUCAGACUGUUGAGGACAGGACAGGCUGUGCUGGUCCUUAUAAAACCAUCUUCAAUAACACUGGGCUGUGACUAACGCAUAUAAAACCAUCUUUAAUAACACUGGGCUGUGACUAAUGCAUAUAAAACCGUCCUCGCAGGGACAUCAGCAGAGUUCACUCAGUUUAUUACUGAGCUGUAUUUUCGUAGGGCGAGGGUAAAGUAUUUAAAAUAUGCACAUCAACUGAUUAUAUUAUUCUGUUCUGAAAUCCAAGGCUCAUUUAUAUAACUUUAAAAUCCUUUUGUCACGCAGCCCCCCUGUGUUAUUGUGACUGGGUGAAUGCAGAGGGGGGGUAAUCACCCGGUCACGGUGACUCUCCCGUGGUGGGCUAACUAGUGGAGCCCACACAGCCAUUAAGUGACUCACUCAGGAGCAGAACCAGACUCUCCCUCCUCCCUUCUCUGUCUCCCUGUCUCCCCCUCUCUCUCUCCCCCGUCAGCAUGGACAUGGAGUGUACCGUCACCCUCUCCACGGGACAGAGGAUGCCGGUGGUGGGACUGGGGACCUGGAAGAGUGCCGCAGGACAGGUGCAGCAGGCGGUGUUGUCUGCGUUGGACUGCGGCUACAGACAUGUCGACUGCGCCGCUGCCUACGGCAACGAGCAGGAAGUGGGAGGAGCCCUGGCUCAGAGGGUCGGCCCCGGGAAGGAGCUGCGUCGUGAGGAGGUGUUUGUGACGUCUAAGCUGUGGAACACCAAGCACCACCCAGAGGACGUGGAGGCGGCCUGCAGGAGCAGCCUGGCCCAGCUCGGCCUCUCCUACCUGGACCUCUACCUGGUCCACUGGCCCAUGGCCUUCCAGCGGGGGGAGGAGCUGAUGCCGCGGCGGGCCGACGGUACCGUCUGCUACUCUGACACCCACUACCUGGAGACCUGGCGGGCCAUGGAGGCCCUGGUGGACCAGGGCCUGGUCCGGGCCAUCGGCCUCUCCAACUUCAGCGCCCGGCAGAUGGACGACGUCAUCGCCGCUGCCCGCCACCGACCGGCCGUGAACCAGGUGGAAUGCCAUCCGUAUUUAUCACAGGCCAGCCUGCUGUCUCACUGCCGGUCUGUGGGGGUCUGCAUGACGGCCUACAGCCCCCUGGGCAGCGGCGACCGGCCCUGGGCCUCAGCAGACGAGCCACGCAUGCUGGAUGACCCCAAACUGGGGGCUAUCGCAGAGAAGUACCAAAAGACCGCCGCCCAAGUGGUGCUCAGGUGGCAGGUCCAGAGGGGCGUGGUCUGCGUCCCCAAGAGCGUCACCCCGUCCAGAAUCCUGCAGAACCUGCAGGUGUGCGACUUCAGUCUGUCGGAGGAGGACAUGAGGCAGGUGGAGGCCCUGGACCGCGGCGAGCGCUACAUCGUCCCCGCGGUAGAGCGGGACGGCCAGAGAGUGUGGAGGGACGCGGAGCACCCCCACUUCCCCUUCCACGACGCCUUCUGACGCCCUGCGUCUGAAACGGGGCCGACACCCUGCGUCUGAAACGGGGCUGACACCCUGCGUCUGAAACGGGGCUCCACGCAAGCGCAUUGAUUUGAGCCCAAAUU